GUCGAGCUUUCUAGAUAAAAAGAAUGUAUAAAAGGCAAUGAAGUUCCCCAUCGAAGCUUCAAUGCGCAAUAGACUUGACAAAUCAAAACAAACUGCCCUAAUUAAGUAUCUGUUAACCCUAUAUUAGAAUGAAUCGCUGGUUGAAUCGUGUUGCCGUUGUCACUGGAGCCAGCUCGGGCAUUGGAGCAGCAUGUUGCAAGGAUCUGGUGGCCAAGGGAAUGGUUGUUGUGGGUCUUGCCAGACGUGAGGAGCGUCUACAAGAGCUGAAGGCCUCUCUGCCAGCUGAUCAGGCUAAGCGUUUCCACGCCCACAAAUGUGACGUCAGCGAUGAGAAGCAAGUGAUUGAGACCUUUGCAUGGAUUGAUAAAAGUGUUGGUGGUGCUGAUGUUCUAAUAAAUAAUGCCGGCAUUGUCCGAAUGAAUGAUGUGACCAAUGCAGGCAACUCAGACGAUCUUCGUGCUGUUUUGGAAACCAAUGUGCUAGGUGUAGCUUGGUGCACCCGUGAGGCAUUCCUCUCGCUCCAACGCCGUAAGGUGAAUGACGGGCAUGUCGUCAUCAUCAACAGUGUGGCUGGACACAAAGUACCCAUAGUGCCUGGAUUUAGCCUUAACAUAUAUUCACCAUCCAAACACGCCAUUACUGCCUUGACCGAAGUCCUGCGUCAGGAGUUCCAAAAUAAAGGAACUCAGACAAAAAUCACAAGUAUAAGCCCUGGAGCAGUUGACACUGAGAUCAUUCCCGACCAAAUCAAGGAACUUUUCACCGACUUUCCAAUGUUGCGUUCUGAAGACGUGGCCGAUGCGGUGUCCUAUUGCAUUUCGACACCUCCAAAUGUGCAAAUCCAUGAAUUGACCAUCAAGCCUGUGGGCGAAAAGUUUUAAUUUGUUUUUAAUGAAUCGAAAUGGCUGUUUUUUUUAUUUUUAUUAUUCUGUAGCCGCGAUGCGUAUUGUUUUUCACAAAAGCGGUAUUGUUAUAAAUGGUAAAUAAACCUCAAAACCUUUUUUGGAUACUCUAA